AUGGGUGACUGUCUGGAGGACCAUCUUCAAUGUCCCACCUGUCUGGACAUCUACAAACAUCCUGUCAUUCUUCCGUGCAGUCACAGCUUCUGCCGUGCGUGUCUUCAGCAGUGGAAGGACAAAGGAGAACGAUCGUGUCCACUUUGUAGGACAGAGUUUAGUUCGAUGGAUCCACCUUUUAACUUGACACUCAGGAAUAUGUGUGAGAACCUUUCACAAGCCUCAGUCAAGUCAGAGGACAUGUGCAGCUUGCACCAAGAGGAACUCAAACUCUUCUGUUUGGACCACCGGGAGCUCGUGUGCCAUAUCUGCAGAGACUCAGAAAUCCACGUUGGUCACACGUUCCGGCCCCUCAAAGAAAUUGUGAAAGGUCAUCAUGAGGAACUCCAGGAAGGCCUGCAGAAAGCCAAGGAAAGACUCAAAGAUUACAACAACUGUCGAGAGAACUGCAAUGAACAGGUAGAGUACAUCAAAGUCCAGAAGGAGAAGGUCGAACGCAAGAUUAAGAAGGAUUUUGAGGAGCUCCGGUGCUUUCUCGACGUCGAGGAGGAGGCCAGGUUGGCUGCAGUAAGGGAGGAAGAGCAGAAGAAGAGUAAGAUCAUGAAGGAGAACAUUGUGGUUCUGGGCCAACAAAUGACCGUUCUCUCGGAUGUCAUCAGAAGCACUGAGGACCACCUGGCGUCUGGUAAUAAUUCUUUCAUGAAGAAGUUAAAGAUUGCGAUGAGCAGAAUCCAGGAGCUGCCUAAAACACCGCAGCUGCUGCCAAGGGGUCUGCUGGACGAAGCCAAACACUUAAGAGAACGAUCGUGUCCAAUCUGUCGGACAGAGUUUAGUUCGAUGGAUCCGCCUCCGAACUUGGCACUGAGGAAUAUGUGUGAGAACCUUUCAUGUGCCUCGCUCAAAUCCGAAGACAUCUGCAGCCUGCAUGAGGAGAAACUUCAACUCUUCUGUUUGGACCACCAGGAGCUUGUGUGCCAUAUCUGCAGAGACGCAGAAAUCCACGUUGGUCACAAGUUCCGGCCCCUUGAAGAAGUUGUGAAAGGUCAUCAUGAGGAACUCCAGAAAGGCCUGCAGAAGGCCAAAGAAAGACUCAAAGAUUACAACAAUUGUCAAGAGAACUGCAAUGAACAGGCAGAGUACAUCAAAGUCCAGAGGGAGAAGGUCGAACGCAAGAUUAAGAAGGAUUUUGAGGAGCUCCGUCGCUUCCUCGACGUCGAGGAGGAGGCCAGGUUGGCUGCGGUCAGGGAGGAAGAGAAGAAGAAGACUCACACGAUGAAGGAGAAGAUGGCGGCUCUCGACAGACAAAUGGCCGCUCUCUCGAAUCUCAUCAGAAGCACUGAGGAGCAGCUGGCGUCUGGCAAUGUUUCUUUCAUGAAGAAGUUCAAGACUGCCAUGAGCAGAAUCCAGGAGCUGCCUGAAAAGCCGCAGUUGCUGCCAGGAGGUCUACUGGACGAAGCCAAACACGUGGGCAACCUCAAAUUUAAGGUGUGGGAGCGGAUGAAGGAGACACUCGCCUACAGUCCCGUCAUUCUGGACCCCAACACGGCCUAUCCAAGAAUCAGUCUGUCUGAAGAACUGACCAGUCUGAGUUGGGAAGACGUACAGCAGGAGCGUCCAAAGAAUCCAGAGAGGUGCAAGUGGAAGCGUGUGUUGGGUUGUGCUUUAGACUCUGGAAGACACCUGUGGGAUGUUGAGGUGGUAGACAACAUUGAAUGGCAAGUGGGGAUUAUUUGGGGGGACCCGUGUUUGCCAGAUGAAAUGAUUGGUUGGUUCAUUUGGUUUCGUGAUGGUAAAUACAUUAAUCCCGUUUGCGAUUAUGGAGAAUGGAAUCCGCCUGUCAAAGUGCAGAGGAUCAGAGUUGAAGUGGACAUAAAUGAAAGAGUGGUGUCCUUCUCUGAACCUCUUACAAACACCGAAUUGUGGAACACUAAGAAGCCUUCCAAUUGGCCAGACUUGUCCGGUAACACCAAAAUGUAUCCUUACUUUUGUACAGUACAUAAGAGUCCUCUAAAAUUAAUCCCCUUUCCACCUUGUGUUACGACAGCCAUCAGUUAG